CUUUCGAAUAAUAGGUAAAUUAUCUUUUUACGUGCACGUUCAAUUGUUCCUUCUUUAUCGAAUUUUAUCUGAACGCAUAUGCAGCGGUUCCAUAAAACUUUGAAGCAGAACGUACAAAAUGAAAGUGACGCGACAUGCGAUCAAUAAUCUCCAAACGUUCAGUUGAAAGAGUAGUCCUAUCGUUCGGAUCAUGAUAAUCAUUUCAGACACGAUCGCGAGCACACCUCAUUGACACCGCUAGGAUUAAAAGUCUUUACCGUUUAUGGAUAACUCGCGUAUUUUAGUGCAAACGCAAAGACAUCUGUUGUGCGUGGAUAACGAGUAUAUUUAGAUAUAGCGUAAAAAUUAGUAAAUUGAAUUAAUAUGAUCAAGAUAUUAAAAUCACAGUGACACUAAAGUAUGUUAUAGUCGAUUCUAAAAAUAUAUUAAUCGUGAUAAAAACAAAACAAAUUCUAUUGAUCACCUUUAAAUUUCUUAAAAAAUCGCGAUAUGUGUCGAACACAGUUACUAUAAAUAUCAUCUGGAACAAUUCUCAAGCUAUUCUUUGUUAUCGGCAGAUCUCGAUGGAUCUGUUUUUGUUAGAUAACAGAACAGGAAGUGGCUUCAGUUGAAUUGUGAAUACGCAGGAAACGAUGGAGAGAAAGAAAUCCUCGGUUGAGUCUGUCAAGGAUACAGAAUACGGAACCGUCAAAUACGAAGAUGAACUCAUACCAUCCUGGAAGUUUUGGAAAAAAAGACGAUACGUAGUCGGAGUAUUAGCAUUCUUUGGAUUUUUUACGUCCUACAUCCUUCGUGUAAAUUUAAGCGUAGCCAUUGUCGCAAUGACCGCGAAGGUUCACAAAAUCGAUAAAAAUGGAACCGAAUAUUUUGAACAAGAAUUCGACUGGGAUUCGAAAACACAAGGACUGGUUUUAAGUUCCUUUUUCUACGGAUACAUAAGUACUCAAUUACUGGGAGGAUGGCUUGGCGCACGUAUUGGCGGAAAAAGAGUUUUCGGUCUUGGAAUCGCCACUACAGCUUUUCUUACAAUUAUCACACCACCCCUAGCCAGAAUGAGCGUUUACAUUUUGGUUGCUUUGCGAAUAGUGGAAGGAAUUUGCGAGGGUGUAACAUAUCCUUGCAUACAUGCAAUAUGGGCACAGUGGGCACCUCCAUUGGAAAGAUCAAAAUUAGCGACUCUUGCAUUCUCCGGAAGUUUCUUUGGAACUGUAUUUGCUAUGCCGGUUGCUGGUUUAAUGGCUGAAUACCUUGGCUGGGCUUCUGUUUUUUACGUUUUUGGUGCAGCUGGUCUUGUUUGGUUUUUUUACUGGUGGAUAAUCGUGAAGGAUAAACCGGAGGACGAUACAUCUAUUUCUGAAGCUGAACUUGAAUAUAUUAAAAGUAGCCUUGGAAAUACGAAUAAAGAAGAAAAAAUUACACAUCCAUGGAAAGCUAUGCUCACAUCUCCACCAGUUUGGGCAAUUGUUGCAGCUCAUUUUAGCGAAAAUUGGGGUUUUUACACCAUGCUUACUCAGUUACCGACAUUUAUGAAUGAUGUGCUGGAUUUCAAAUUGGAUAAAACUGGAUAUUUAUCUGCACUACCGUAUCUAGCUAUGACUCUCGUUGUUCAAUUUUCUGGACACUUAGCAGAUUAUCUGAGAACAGAGAAAAUCCUAUCGACUACGCAGGUGCGUAAGUUAUUUAAUUGUGGAGCUUUUGUAUUUCAAACGAUAUUCAUGACUUGUACAGGUUUUAUCUUAACGCCAACGGGGGUGGUUAUUUGUAUCACAAUAGCAGUUGGCCUUGGUGGCUUUGCUUGGUCCGGUUUUGGAGUAAAUCAUUUGGAUAUUGCUCCUAAGCAUGCCAGUGUGCUUAUGGGAAUAGGAAAUACUGUUGCUACCUUACCUGGAGUUGUCAGUCCUAUUAUUACUGGAUAUAUUGUCCAAAAUAAAAGUGCCGCAGAAUGGAGGAUAGUUUUCAUUAUUGCUGGUGCAGUUUAUUUGAUAGGAGCUGUGAUAUAUGGUUUAUACGCAUCUGGUGAAAAACAAAGUUGGGCAGAAAGAAGUGAUGAAGAAUCAAAGAGGUCUUAUGAUAAUCCAGCAAUGGAAAUAGAUAAUUUGUAGUAUGAAACAAAUUAAAUUUACUGACAGUUACAUCAGUAUUUCUAAUAUAUGUAUAUAAUAUACAUGAAUGUUUGGCUCGAAGCUAAAGUAGUUGUGAUUAUUUUUAUUGAGUAUACAUUAAUAUAAUACACAUGAAUAACUUUUUUCUACUUUUUGAUUUAAACAGUUCUUUAUGGACGAGCAAAAUUUUAUAAAAUUCUUUUUAUAUAUAUGUAUGAAUAGUUUAGAAUAACAGUAUUUAUAUCAUGACACAUAAAACAACAUUCUUUAAUAUUUGAUAAUUACCAACAAAAAUAUAAAUGUAUAUUUAAAUGUAAUGUGGUUCUAUAUUUGUAGUAUUUAAAUAAAAUGAUUGUUAUCAAAA